GAUCUCAGUGCCAGAGUCGUGGGCCAAGUUCACGGACAACAACAUCCUCCGCUCCCAGAGCGAACGGGCGGCCUCCGCCAAGCUGCGGGACAACAUGGAAAACCUGCUGGUGGUGACGGCCAACGAGAUGUGGCGCCAGUUCAACGAGGUGAACGUCGCCUUCACCAACCGCGUCGCCGAGACGGCCGACGCCAAGAGCAAGAUCCAGACCCACCUGGCCAAGACGCUGCAGGAAAUAUUCCAGAUCGAGAUGAACAUAGAAGCCAUCCGAAAAGCCAUUAGGGACAAAGGGCCUCCACUAAAAGUGGCUCAGACCCGGCUGGAUGAGCGCACACGGAGACCAGACGUAGAGCUGUGCCGGGACACUGCCCAGCUCCGCCUUGUCAACGAGGUCUACGAAAUCGAUGAGACGAUCCAGAGCCUUCGGCAGCGGCUGAGAGACGCCGAGGACGCCCUGCAGGUGCUGGUCCGUGCCAAGUCGGUCUUGGAGCAUGACCUGGCCGUCAAAGCCAACUCGCUCUUCAUCGACCAGGAGAAGUGCAUGGGGAUGCGCAAGACCUUUCCCAGCACAGUGCGGCUGGUGGGUUACAUUUAG